CCACAAGUACACUCUCAAACCCAAAUUCAAAUGCAUGUAAAUGAUCUUAUAAGAGAAAUUACAAAAUGAGUAACAAAUGGAUCUUACAAGAGAAAUUUAACACAUUUCAAUUUACCUAACUCUAUUCUGUGUACUCCAACUGAAAUUACACUUUUCAACCUAAAAAAAAAACUGAAAAAACUCCUUUUCCCCAUAAAUAGAAUAACAAUAGAAAAAUAAAUUUAAAAAAAAAUCCCAGUUAAGAAAAGUCUCCCCACGUCAGCCAGUUUACUGUUUAGAACAAUGUGAAGCUUUCAAGCCUAUAGAUUUCGUGCCGGCUCGGCGCAGGCCUCUAUUCCCGCGGCUUCUGAAACUCCGUUCCGUUUCAUCCUCGAAAUGCGCCGUCUCCUCCAAAAUUCGACCGACUGAUAUCUAACGCUGACUAAACGUCGUUACGUGUCAGUAACUUGCGAGAGUUCUCACCGCGCGGUUUUGCCGUUACUACCUCCAUAAAUCUUUCUGUCUUCGUUUUCUCAACACGCAAAAUAUCAAAUUUGACCUUCCCCAAAAAAAGAAACCUUUACAAAACUUUCUCUCGGGGUUUUUGUCCAUUUUCCCGUCUCCCAAACAAUAAUUUACGAUUGGGAAGAUUCGCAUUUUCUCGGAUCGAAUUUCGUUCCGAUUCCGACUUUCAACGGCGGAGUUUUGUUUUCCGAUUGAGGGAGCGUUGAUUAAUUCUCUGCAUGUCCGCGGCGACUCCGUCUUACUGGUGCUACAGUUGCAGGCGCUUCGUUAGGGUUUUCAACGACGCCGAAAUCUCCACCGCCUCCGCCCUAUCCUCCUCAGUGGUGUGCUCGGACUGCGAGAGUGGCUUUGUUGAGGAGAUAGACAACCCGACCACCUCCGGAAACGUGGACUCGCGCCGCGGCAGGAGGUUUUCAGCUGCCGCGAUGUACAUGAUUGGAGCCAACAACCGCUCGGUUUCCCGUCCGGAUCAUACUGCUUCUGUUCCGUCCGCCCCCCGAAGAGUUAGACGAAACAACGGUGACCGCUCGCCGUUCAAUCCGGUAAUCGUCCUCCGCGGAACAACGGCCGAAGGAGCCGUCACCACCGAGGAAGGCCGCGGAUAUGAGCUCUUUUACGACGAUGGUAGCGGCUCUGGGCUCCGAUCCUUGCCUACAACCAUGUCCGAAUUUCUACUCGGGUCUGGGUUCGACCGCCUACUCGAACAGCUAUCGCAGUUCGAAAUCAAUGGAAUGGGGCGAUGCGAGCAGAGACCGGCGUCGAAGUCGGCGAUUGAGUCAAUGCCGACGAUCAAGCUCGAUGAGGCUCACAUAACGGCGGAGCAUCACUGCGCCGUUUGUAAAGAACCGUUCGAAGUUAACACCGAAGCUCAGGAAAUGCCCUGCAAGCAUAUAUACCACUCCGAUUGUAUACAGCCGUGGCUUGCGCUCCGGAAUUCAUGUCCGGUAUGCAGGCACGAGCUACCGGCCGAUUCGACGCCCGCUACGGGUCAGGGUCGAGGUCAGGAGGAGGACGAAAACGCGGGUCUGACAAUCUGGAGGCUGCCAGGGGGCGGAUUCGCGGUGGGGAGAUUUAGCGGAGGGAGAAGAGGCGCUGAGAGAGAGCUGCCGGUAGUGUAUACGGAGAUGGACGGCGGGUUUAGCGGCGGCGGAGCUGCGAGGAGGAUUUCGUGGUCAAGAAAUGGACGAAGAGGGAGACAGAGCGGUGGGUUGAGGAGAUUUUUCAUGAAUCUGUUUGGCUGCUUCAGCGGGGGUGUGUCGUCGUCGGCGAGUUCGAGUUCGGGUUCGGAGAUGAGGGUGGGGACGCCGACGCCGCCACCAUCGACGGGUCGUAGAAGAGUGAGGUUUAUGGAAUUGGAACCGACGGAGACAUCGACGCCGAGGGGGCGGAGGACUUGGUCUACGGAGGUGAAUAGCGGGAUUGUGAGAUGGUGACACGUGGAAAGUGUAUGCCAUAUGCUUUUUUUGUCCGGGGAAUUAUGCUUAUACGAUAAUGAGAGGAUCUAAAUUCAAUUCUCGUUAAAUGUAAAUUUAACCUUAUUAUUGCUAGUACAUUGUAAUGUCAAACUUCCCGCCUCCCCUUUAUGAAGUUUCUCGUCACCUAAUAGAGGCAGUAGUCCCCUUUAGUGUAGGUGGUCGUCGCCUAAUAGAGGCAGUAAUUGGGGCCACGGGAGCUACUUGUGUAAUAUUGUUUGUUAAAAAAAAAUAUAUAUAUAUAUAUAUAUCAUUUAAAUGUA